GUGUUGGUUAGCGACAAGUAGGCAGUGGCUAGUAUUAGAGGUUAGCUGUGUACUUAGUCUGUAUGAUUAUAGAUCGCUAAUAAGGAACAUCCUUUUUGCAUAUUAACGUGACUUUAAAGCGUAUUCAUAACUUAAAUAAAUAUGUGUACGAACAGAUAAUUGAGUACGCACAGUGAGUGGUAAAAAAGGUCCCUCAAAACCCCCUAACGUUAUACCGGCUCAAGUUAGCAUAACAAUAGCACAACGCCAGCUAACAAUAUAGCGUUAGCUAGCUAGACGCACAGACCUUCCGUUUGUUAGCAUUGUUUAGAGAUUAGCUACAGCCAUGACUCUGGCAGUUGACCGGGAACCCAGAAAGACUGCUGGUAACCGCUUGUCCAAGUUACUGGAUGCUGAAGAAGAAGAUGAAUUCUACAAGACCACGUAUGGAGGCUUCAACGAUGAAUCAGGAGAUGACGAGUAUCACGGAGAACAUUCAGACACAGAGGAUGAGGUGGACAGCGACUUUGACAUCGAUGAGGGUGAUGAGCCCGACAGCGACCAGGAAGAGGAUGCUCCUCGGAGGAAAAGUCGGGUUGUCACUAAAGCAUAUAAGGAACCAAUAAAAGUGGCGAAGCCCAAACCCAAAAGGCCGUCAGAGGAACAGAAGAAGACUGAGAAAGUUAAAGUGGAGCUCAAAAGGAGGAUUCCACAAGAAUUCCAAGAUUUUGCAGAAACCCGGAAGUCUGUGCGACAGUCUACCAGUGAACAUACCCGAAAGACCAAUUUACGUUUGCAAGAGCGUCAAGAUGCCCCUCGGAGAAGGAGAGGUGCUCAUCGGGACCGACCCCUUACCCAGGAAGAACUGCUGGCUGAGGCCAAAGUAACAGCAGAGAUCAACAUUCGAUCUUUAGAGAACUAUGAACGUCUGGAGGCAGAUAAAAAGAAACAGGUCCACAAGAAGCGGCGUUUCGAAGGACCAACCAUUCGUUACCAUUCAGUCCUGAUGCCACUCGUCUCUCACUCAGUCCUGAAAGAAGAAAACGUGGAUGUUGAAGGGUUGGAUCAGGACGUCCCUCAUACUGCACCACAAAAUCCCACAACGCCGUCCCAGCAGCCUGCAGGAGGCCUGUGCUCCCGUACCUACAUAACAUUCAGUGAGGACGAGGCUUUCGAGGUGGCUUUUCCACACAGCGCCCAGUCGAGUCCUCAGCUGCCCGUCCAGGAGAUUUGUCCUGUCACCCACAAGGCCGCACUUUACCGAGACCCGGUUACCGAUAUACCUUACGCUAACACUCGAGCCUUCCGCAUCAUCCGAGAAGCCUACCGUAAAUACGUGGCUGCUCACGGAUUUCCAAAUACUUCAGGAGGGGUGACGGGACUUGACUCUUCAGCAACAAAGGGUUCCCGCCAGAAAAUGGUCGUCAAGCAGAGUGCCAUGGCAACAUAGAUUAGUUUCAAAAAACAUUUAGAAAAUAAGUUUUUAUUUUUUCAGCGGUUUAGUUUGGGCAGAGUGACUUGAUUGAAUGACAUGAGGACAAACUACCGCCAGUCUCCGUCUUCCACCAUGGAACUGUCUAAAUCUAGUUAAUCUCCAUCCAUACAAAGUAUCCUUGGCACCAGAGAUAUGUUUGUUGCAGACAAAGAACUUAGUAAGUAAAAAAACAAACAUUAUCAUAACAAAAUCAGUUGUGCAUUACCUUAAACCACAAAACAAGUCUAACUUGUGAUGUCUCUGUUUACAGAAGUUAGUUUUGAACAUUAACACCCUGAUUGUGGCAGUGGUUGAAAAACCACUGAUUAGCUUUGGAAGCAAAGUCUCCAUCUGCAUUUUUUCUUUUUUCUUAGACAAAAUACCAUUUUUUACUGUCAAUAUAUAUAUGGUUUCUACAUAUUUCUCAACAAAAAUAAAUAUUUGAAACUUGAAAAAAAUAAAAUUGACUAUGUCUAACUCUGGUUUAUGACACAUUUCCCAAACAUCAAACAGUGAAACAACUGCAACUCUGAAUAGACUACUGUGGAACAGCACACUAAAACACAAGCAUUAGUCUGUCUCUUGAGGGUUUUGUUCAUUAAUUUGUUUUUUUAAUUCUGUAGUCAUCAUGUAUGACCCCAUCCCCGUCAUUUUAAAAAUGUAUUCCGUCUGUAA